UGCCGUGCUUAGCACCAUGAAUUAUCAACGGUAUAAAGAUCCAAAAACAUGUUUUAUACCAACGUGCUCCAAGACGGAUGUGAAAAACCCGGAUUUAAGGUUUUUUACAGUUAGAAAAGAGCUGAAAGAACGUUGGUGUCAAUUGGUCGGCAGGAACUGUCCAAACCGAGCACUGUUUUGCUGUGAGGACCACUUAAAUUUUGAAGAAGAUUUGGAAAAUUAUGGUCAAUGGAUAUCUGGUGCAAAGCCAAGACUAAAAAUAAAUGCCACACUGAAGAAUUAUCCAAAAAAACCAUUAACUGUGAUGAAUAAGAAUAUUGAAGAUCGGCCAUCAACUUCAAGUGCUGCUGGCAUGCAAGUCUCUCACAGUAUUGAUGCAGCUAUACAGUGUGAUAAGAGAAUAGGAGUGUCAAACAAGUUUGUUUUGGCCCAGGCAAAGACUCAAACCAGAGCUACUCAAUUCCGUGGGCGAAAAAUAAAAGAAAGAGUGAUACCGUCACGAAUGAUGCAACUACCCAACACUGAGGAGAGCCCCAAUCAAUCACCAUCCUUGUUUGGGACGUCCAACUUCGAGUCAUCUUCGAGUGGUCAACAAGAGAAUAUUGAAAAACGUGGCCGGGAGCACCUACUGAAAAUUAUUGCCAAAAAACCUAAAUUGUUUUUAGGUCUGCCAAAAAGCUUUUGGUGGAUUAUUAAUUACAUUGCCCAGGAGUGUUCUUGUUUGGCACUUCAUAUAAUUAUAACUCUAUUUAAAUUAAAAAACAAUGACUCAUUUGCUAGGAUGAGUGAAGAGUUUCAAAUGGCCAGGUCAACCAUACGGUUAAUGUUUGAAAAGAAUGUCGUAGUUUUGUCGACAUACUUUCAAAAUUGUAUAUAUUUACCUCCACUAACAGAAAUAAAAAAAAACUUACCAUUAGCAUUUAAAAUCAGAUAUUCGAAUGUACAGUGCAUUAUAGACUGUUUUGAGAUUCAAGUAGAAAAACCCAGUCAUCCAGAGAAGCAAGCGCAGACUUGGUCGCAGUACAAAUCAUGCAACACAAUUAAAUAUUUGAUUGGCUGUACACCCGCUGGAUACAUAUCAUUCAUCUCACAGGGUUAUGGGGGACGUAUAUCUGACAAAGCCAUCACGGAGUGGAGUCGCUUUGUUGAUGUACUUCCAUUAAAUGCGGUAAUCAUGGCCGAUCGCGGAUUUAAGGAGAUUGAAUCCCUCUUAAUUACAAAAAAUGGAAAACUAUUAAGACCUCCUAGUGUCUUCACCUAUCAAAGAAUGUUAAAAAAAGAUGUAAUUAAAACUAAGGUGAUUGCCAGUUUGAGGGUGCACGUUGAGCGUGUAAUUAGGAGAUUACGGGAAUUCCAUAUGUUAAAACCUCACUCUGUGGUUAAUAACAAGCACUUAAAAUAUUUGGACGACCUGGUCAUUAUAGCUUGCGGAUUAAGUAAUCUUCAGAAUCCUAUAAUAAAAGACGUUUGAUAUUA